GAUUUUCAAAAGGAAACAUCGUAUUUUAUAUUCUGUAUGAAGUAGCGAAUAGCUAUCCAAAAUGUCUCGCACRUUUUUCGUUUUGUUUUCAUUUAUUUCACUAUUUCAAAGUUCAGUAUGUUCAACUAUAGAAGUGACACGUAAUGCAGGAUCAACAGGUGGAGACGAGAUUGAAAACAAAGGCUGUAGAGGGGAAACUUGUACGAAGCAUGGCUUAGUCUGCRGURGAAACGGCUGCUGUAAGUGCGAUUGCCCAUWUWCUGAGCCUAACUAUGUUGUUAGUAAAGGAGUUUGUAAAACAAGAGAAGAAUUCAAACGAGAAUUAAACGCAGGUUGUGAAUAUGGCUUUGCACAAUCAAGUAAGCCAUUUGCAGACUUUCCGCUAACCAGCCAAGCCUCCGGAUCAGGAACGUUCUCAACAGGCCGUUUGGAAGUGAYAUGUGACCACAAKAUCCAAGCUGGUCAAUGGCAUUAUCUCGAUGCUUUUGGUAAAUGGCAGAUUGGAGAUCAAGACGUUUUUAAUGUGUCAUAUAACCCUAUUCUGAUUGGACAGCCCAAAAACGAUUACCGAAUUGAAGCAUUGAAGUGGUUUUCAACUCUCAACGCCAAGUACGCUGGUGUCAUUAUCAAGGUUUCUCUCACAUGUGGGAACAAUAACAUUGGAUGUACAAUUGYCAAGGUGUCGGGAUCAAAAAGAUAUGAUUUAACCGAGGCAGGAACUACAACUCAGGCCCCUCUACCGACAACUACAACUCAGGCCCCUCUACCGACAACUACACCUAACGUACCCACAGUGACACAACAAGUAAUAACUUCCGGACAAAAUGAUUCAUUUGCUCCUCAAUCCGCUAAUAAUGACAGAAGUGGAUCCAAUGACAAUAGUAGUGACCCUAGCGCCGCUUUAAUACCAGCUUUAGCAGUGUUUGGUGCUCUAAUCUUGGCACUGGGGAUUGCAGCUUUUAUAUUUUAUAGGAGAAGACAAAAAAGACGCGACCCUGAGGCAGGAGCUUUCGCAAAUCCCGAYUACAACGUAAGAUUCUACUUCAAAAUAACUAAUUGUGCAUGUGAUGUACGAAUCGUCAGUCUGGGUUUUGGCAAAUCCCGCCCGAAAAAUCCUGUUUAUUCUGAUCCGGCCUUAGACGCAGGAAACAGAAGAUCACAACUUGGUCCUCUGCCACAUAUACCAGGAACUGAAUCACCUUAUCAGCCUCUUGACAAUACGACCAGGAAACAGGAAGAUGAUGACGCAAUUGAUUACGAGAACCCCAUCGAUGGGACUCCCCCAGGGGCUGAUUACGACAAUCCACCAAUCAACUCAAAGACUGAAAGUUCUUCUGACUACGACAAUCCACCCGUUCAAGGUGYCCAAGAAAAGAGCAGUGACUAUGACAAUCCACCUCCCGUGGAGGGUGAGGACAGUGAGAACAAUGAAUACAAAGUCCCAAAGAGUGAUGUCGUUAGUAACGAAGAAGGGCAGGAUAGUGAAAUUACAGCAUUCUAA